AAGGCUUCAGGGUACAUCCCUGCGGGGCGAUGCGGGCCCUGCUUUGGCUGGGUUUCCUGGUACCAUAUGUUGAAGCAGGAGUCUUUGGGUCACCAGCCCCUUGUCAUGAUGAGGCGAGCUGUAAGGUUAGGCUAGACACAUUGACAUCCAAGCUGGAUGAAUUACGCGAUGAGAUGCGAGGUAAACACUUGGCGCUCCAAGCGCUGGAGGAGAUUCGCGGUGGGAUCCUCUCCGGCCGCCGCGUAGAGCUGCCAUCGGCACAGCGCCAGCAUCUCGAGCGGGGCAGCCCCAUGAUCAGCGAAGUGACGUUUGAUGCAAGGCAUCGUCCGGUUUCCACCAAUGUCUCCAGACAUUUUCAGUCCCAGCGGGUCAUUGCAGCGGAUCUCGAGGUACAGCACCAUGCAUUGCUGCACCUUAAGAAGUCCCCGGGCUCGAAGUCUGCAUCUGCACUGUUGGUGCUUCUCGACUCACAGUCCAAGUUGUCUAUCUACUCCUUGGAGAACGAGCCGCUGCUGGAUCGUUUCGAUUUGGGGCAUGAAGGCAAGGUCGUGCAGCUGGAGUUGUCACCAACACAGGAAAACCACUUCGUAGUCACAGUCGGCGAAGAUAAUGAUGUUCGUGUGCACAACAUCAAGAUCAUUGCCAAGAAGCAGAAGCCUGACUCUCCGAAAGAGCAAGGCAGCGAGAAGGAUGAGGAACCAAAGGAAAAGCCGAAGGACAAGGAUGCUCGGAUGCUGAAUGUCACAGCCAGCCUGGCCUCGCAUUUCUCUUUGUCCCAUGGCGAGCUGGAAGAGACGCGGAAACUGAACGUAGUGCUUCCCAUUGAGAGGGGAUCUCAGACGUUCUUCAUUGCAGGGGACUCCCUUGGUGGCAUUUCUGUCUUCUUCCGCAACGGCACCAUGCGCGGCAGAGUGCGUGUUACAGAAGACCCAGGAGGUGUCAAGGGGCUGAUCCGUGCUCAGGGACAGCAGCAAGUGCUCUUCUACAGCAGCCAUGCCUUUGGUUUCUUUUCCCCAUCUCAAGUUGAUCUCCAGUACCCACCGUGCACCGGCUGGAACAGUCCACUCUACGACCUGGCCAUGGAGCCUGGAUACUCGACAGGGAGAGUACUACUCGCUCUACAAGACGGCGACGUCUUGGUCUACGCAACGACGCGUGGCAAGAGCAAGGCCUGUGACCUUGCAUUGAAGUUCCCACAUGUCUCAGUCUUGCCUUUCAAGCUACACAGCUUUAGAGGUCAUGUCAUGGCGGUAGCCACGCCUCUUGCAGAGAUGCAGAAGAAGGACGAGUAUGUCCGGGAGAUAUUCUUCUUCAACAUGGCGGCCAUGGAGAAUGGCUAUGGCUCCUCUCCAUCGAGAGCUAUCACUCUUCAGGCCUCUUUCAAGCCGAAGCAGCCAGAGACACUGGCCAUGCUGGGCCAACCUGCUGGACCUGCAGGUGAAAAGGCCAAAUCACAAGUGGCAAUCCGUUUCAAAGAUGCCAAAGGGGUCGAGUUGUAUGACCUCACUCUCAGGACCCCACCGCCGCCCAAAGCUGCGGCGGAUAGUAGCAGCAACUCUAGUGGCUGGGACAUGAACAGCCUUCUCAAUUGGUUCCCAAAAGUGGGGGUCUUUGGCAUUGCGUUGAUUGGUGUCAUCUUCUGGAACAUCAAGAAGGUCUCUGGCCAGACAUCUUCAGGCCCUGAGGCUGAUGAUUUCGAUGAAGAGCUCUUCAAGGAGAAACUGCGGGAACGUCGGGCAAAGGCCCAAGACAAGGAGAAAGAGCAGCAGGAGCAUGAGGAUGCUGAUUGAUGUUCGAUUGCUUGGUGUUUGCCACGCGCUGUAGCUAGAUUUGACUCAGCACAAGGCUGGAUAGCAAUGCCGGCACUCGAACUCAACUUGUA